UUGAAAAAGUUUUGAGAAAAUUUUUAAAUCUCGAUGGACUAAAGGUUUUGAAUUUAUGGUUUAAUGAACAUACUGAACCUAAAAUUAUUGAAAGGAUAGUUUCUGUUUUGGUAAAAUUACCGUUAAAACGCAACGAUCUUGAUAUCAUGACUGAGGUCGAAGAAAGUAUCCAGACGUUAAAAAUACGUGAUGAUGGGCUUCAUGAUCGUAUUACAAAGUUAGUGGAAAAAUGGCGUAAGCUUAAUACUCCAUCUAAGAGUACCAUAGCCAAUAGUUCU